AUGCACAAACUAUCACAUUUACGAAGACGUGGAUUACCAGCUGAUGCAAUAGGUGAAAUUAGCGAAGACGAGGAAGAGCCUACCACUCGAAAAGAAGUUGAUUUAAGUGACGACGAAGACGAGUACCAUUCUGGUUUUGAAGCCAAUAGCAGCAGUGAUGAAGACUCAGAUAUCAACAGUGAAAAUUCACAAAGUGAUUUUGAGAACGAGGACAAGAACAGUUUAAACUUGAAACAUUCAAGUAAUCCUGUCGGCAGUAACAAUAAUGGUCAUAAUGAGGAGGCGUCAAACAAAACCAUUUUAACAAAAAACAGAAAAAAUUCCAAUUCAAACCUUCAAAACGAUUGCCUAGAUACCGAUGAAAUUCACAAAACCGAUUCAAAUAUAAUUGAUGACGAAUCUGAACAUGAUAAUAAUAAUAAUCAAUCGACAAAAACCACACAAACAAAGCAAGAUUAUAGGAAAAAACUUGCAGAGGACCCAUCAUACGUUCCUAAAUUUGGAUACUUUUGGGGUCAUGAUGACCGAUUUGUCAAGGAAGAAGCUGAAAAUCUUCAAGAUAAUAAUAACAAAUUUAGAAAAUUCCCACCAAGAAAUAAAGGAGGGUUCAAAAAUCCCCCAACAGAAAAUCAAUGGGGACAUGAUGGAUAUGAAGAAUUGAUACAAAGCAACUAUUCACAAAAUAACCAUUCAAGAUACCAGGCUCCUGUUGCUCCUAAACGAAGUAAUUCAAUAGAUAGAAAGAAUAGGAAUCGUCCAACCUAUGAAGAGAACAGACGUAAUGACUAUCGUCAACCAAACAAAUCUCAACCACAUAACAACAACAGCAACUAUAAUGAUAAUUAUUAUUAUAACAAUAGAAGAUCAGAAUUUUCACAACACACGCAUGUAGUUAAGAAAAAAGAACCUUUACAAAAUGAUAUUUCACCUUUAAAGGACGAAGCAGUUGAGAAGAAAGACGUAAAAAUUGAGAAUAAUGGCAUUUCCUUACCAUCAUCAUCACCAUCAGUCGAAAACGACAUAGGAAAUGUCACCAAGGCUAUAAAUGAAUUGGAAAUUGCAUCCAAUGAAGAAGAUGCUCCAGAAAUAACUACAUGUAUCCAUCAAGAAAAGGAAAUUGAUAAUGUUGAGCAAAAAGAAGUGAAAAAUACGAAUAUGAAAUCUAUCGAAUCAAAAAAUAACGCAAGUACCCAACCAGUUGAACCAUCUACUACCUCAACAGCAUCUUCAUCCAAAAGAUAUUCUUCAAGAAGGGUUGUUACCACCACAUUACCUCAAACUAAUACCAAUUCAGAAGAUAAACCAGAUUCUCCAAAAUCUCCAACCGAAAAUAACACCAAUGAACCUCAACAUAAAUUGAGUGAACUUCCACAUACAGCUGUAUUCGCAAGACCUUUUAAACCAAAAUCGGCAAUAGUGAACGAAGAAAAGAUACAUUCACCUGAUGAAAAUAAUCUAAAUGUCGUCAAUAACAAUUAUAUUCCACCUAUUCCACCUCAGCUCAACAAAGUAAUGUUACCAUAUUAUCCAAUAAAUAAUGUACCAUUCACACCAAUAGGUUUGGCAGACAAUAGUAUUAAAAGGCGCUGA